AAACAUUGUUAGCAAUUUGUUAUUAACAAUAAUAUUUGGGUGUGAGGAAGUAUAUUCUUGCCUUGGAACCCUAGAACCUCUGCCUGCUCUCCCGUGCUUCCGUCGAGAAUGGUGAAGUCUUUGGACGAGGAAACGACGAAGAAAGUUAUUCGUCAGGUCGAGUUUUAUUUCAGUGACAGCAACCUUCCUAGGGAUUCUUUUCUCAAGAAAACAGUUGAUGAAAGUGAAGAUAGGUUGGUCAGUUUGUCUCUGAUAUGUUCAUUUUCGAGGAUGAGAUCCCAUCUGGGUUUACAAGAAGCAAAACCAGAUGAUAUAACAGAUGAUACUGUCCAAGCUGUGGCCGAUGCAUUAAAAAGCUCUACUUUUCUUAAGAUUUCGGAUGAUGGCAAGAAAAUUGGUAGAGCUACAGAAUUGCCAAAGCCCGAGGAGGUUAUUGAACAAAUAGAUGGGAGGACUAUUGCUGCAUCUCCACUGGAGUAUGUUAUUAAGCUUGAAGAUGUAGAGUCAUUCUUUGGACAAUAUGCAAAGGUUAACAGUGUACGGCUACCUCGUCACGUUGCCGACAAAAGACUAUUUUGUGGCACUGCCCUGGUUGAAUUUUCAAGUGAGGAAGAUGCUCAAAGCAUUCUAAAGCAAAGCUUGCUUUAUGCGGGAUUGGUGUUAGAUCUAAAACCAAAGAAAGACUUUAUUGCAGAAAGAGCGGAGCAGGAAAAAGUAGCAGAGAAUAAUACUGUUCACAAAGGUUCAUCUCAUAAAAGUCAACCCAAUGUUGAAGACAACUACCCUAAGGGCUUGAUCGUUGCUUUUAAACUGAAGAACAACAACGAAAAAGGAAAUAAUGAGAAUACUCUUGAAGAACUUGACACCACACCAUCCAAUGGCAAUGUUAAUGUGCCUGCUGCUGCAGAGACACAGAUUACAAAAGGAGAUGACAAGGAAGUGAAUGAAGAAAAAGAGUCAAAAGAUGAAGAAAAGUGUGAUAAUAACAAGGACAAUGUUGAUAUACAAGCAGCUCUAGAUGUACAAACUACAACAAAACAAAACAAUGACAUCACUGAAGAUAAAGAGGUGAAAGAUGAAGAAGAAAAGCAUGCGAGAGCUAAGGACAGUGAUGACGGAGUAGGAAAUGAUGGACAGAAUCCAAUGGAAAUGGACGGCGAAAAAACAAAAAAACAACUAUCUUUACCUUGCAAGGACAAUAAGGAUGUUGUUUUACGUGACGAUCUAAAAAGCUUGUUUGGGAAGUUUGGUGUUGUGAAGUUUGUAGAUUUUGAGACGGGAUCAGAUUCAGGAUAUAUAAGGUUUGAGAAGGCUGAGGCAGCUCAAAAGGCAAGAGCUGCUGCUGUGCUUGCUGUGGAAGGUGGCCUGGCAGUGAAAAAUUGUGUUCUUACCUUAGAUCCUGUGACUGGUGAUGCUGAAAAGGAGUACUGGAGCCAGAUUUGUGGUGGCCAGGAGAGACGAGGCAAUUAUAAGGGCUAUAAAGGAAGAGGAGGCAAAUUCAGAGGUGGGAAGCACCCCCCGCGGCACCGGGAUAGUAAUUCAGGCCGGCCAAACAAAGCUCAGAAGGUUAGAGCCUGAUACAUAUGAGUGUAUUUGCUUCUCUCAGCAGAACUGGACACAUGAUAUAAUUAUAGUAUUAUUAUUAUUAUUAUGACAUCAUCAUCAUCAUCAUGCGGGUAUGCUUCCCAAAAUUUUGUGCUGUUACGAAUUCAGAAGCCCUCUUGCAACAAAACUUAAUCAUGGAGCUAUGAAUGUUUUUAAGAUGAGAUUUUUAAAAAGCCUGACGAGUGUUUGAUGGACUUGUGCACGCUUGUCAAAAGGUUUUUUGCCAAUCCCUAGCAUAUUGGUGCAUGUUUAAUGUGAUUUUUUAAUACAUCCUCUGAGCGAUUAUGUUUCUAGUAUUCUUAAAUUUUGGUAUUUUGUACUCGUUUAAUAUUUGUCUUGUAUCUCUCAUAUCUGAUCACAUGGUGUGGUAGAUGGACAUCCA